AUGAAGAGCAUCCGCGCGCCGCUACUCCUCCGCCGCCAGGGCGCGGCCAGCGCUCUUCAACACGCCCUCCGGCGACAGAGCCAUCCCACAUCCAUCCUGACCGCCUCAUCAACAAGGCAACUACGCCGAUCCAGCUCCCUUUCCCAACGGCUCGAUGCCAAGCAUGUCAUGUUCCCCGGAGCCGUUAAAUCAGAGUUUAGCAGCACGAUGCGGUUCGAGCACCCGUCGACCUACCCAGCGCUGCCGACCUACCGAGUCGUUGAUCAACACGGCGUAGUAGUCGACCAAUCUUUCACCCCAGACCUGAGCGAUGAAGAAGUGAUCAAGCUGUACCGAGACAUGCUCACAAUCUCGAUCAUGGACGUGAUUAUGUUUGACGCGCAACGGCAGGGCCGACUGAGUUUCUAUAUGGUAUCAGCGGGCGAGGAGGCCGUGUCCGUUGGGACAGCGUCGGCAUUGGCGAAAGAAGAUGUUGUUUUCUGUCAGUAUCGCGAGCAAGGCGUUUUCCAACAGAGGGGGUUCACCCUGGCCGAGUUCAUGAACCAGCUGUUUGCGAAUCAUAAGGAUUAUGGAAAGGGGAGGAACAUGCCUGUGCAUUAUGGGAGUAAGCAGCUCAAUAUUCACACGAUCUCUUCGCCGCUCGCAACACAGCUCCCGCAGGCCGCUGGAGCAGCGUACGCCCUCAAGAUCCAGCGCAUGCAGGACCCCAGCAUACCGCCCCGCGUCGUGGCCGCCUACUUCGGCGAAGGUGCCGCCAGCGAAGGCGACUUCCAUGCAGCCCUCAACAUCGCUGCGACGCGCUCCUGCCCCGUGAUCUUCAUCUGCCGCAACAACGGCUAUGCGAUCUCGACUCCAACCCUCGAGCAGUACCGGGGCGACGGUAUCGCAAGCCGCGGGUUGGGCUACGGCAUCGACACGAUCCGUGUGGACGGCAACGAUUUCUGGGCAGUGCGCGAGGUGACAAAGAAGGCGCGCGACCUGGCGUUGCAAGACGGCGGUAAGCCUGUCUUGAUCGAGGCUAUGACGUACCGGGUCAGCCACCACAGUACGUCGGACGAUUCGUUUGCGUACCGCGCGCGGGUUGAAGUCGAAGACUGGAAGCGUCGCGAUAAUCCGAUUGCGCGGCUGCGCAAGUGGAUGGAAGCGAAGGGGAUUUGGGACGAAAACAAGGAAAAAGAGGCGCGUGAGAGCAUUCGCAGGGAUGUGCUGAAGGCAUUUGCCGAGGCCGAGAGGGAGAAGAAGCCGCCAUUGCGGGCAAUGUUUGAGGAUGUGUACGAGGAACUGACGCCAGAUUUGAAGAAGCAAAUGGGUGAAUUGAAGAUACCAAACAUGUCAAACAACGACCGAGUCGUCAUCGCUGUUCUCAUCGUCUUGAGCAUCACUGUCAUCCUCGCCGUCGUCGGUAUCAAGUAUGUUCGGCAAGUCGCCAGAAGCCGCAUCACAGCCAGACAGGUUGACCAUGGGGAGGCCAAUGAGGCCGGGGAAUCGGAGAAUCAUGGCCAGGCUCAGGCUCAGGCUCAGGCCUAA